AUGCCGACUUUAGACGCUCCAGAAGGGAGGCUGAGAAAAUUCAAGUACCGGGGCAAGGAUGCGUCUAUCCGGCGGCACCAGCGCAUGGCAGUCAGCCUGGAACUCCGCAAGGCCAAGAAAGAUGAGCAGGCCUUAAAGAGAAGAAAUAUCACCAUUUUCUCCCCUGAACCAGCUUCUGGAGAGCUAACCAAAGGGGUAUGUUGGGAAUGUGGUGUCAGCCUCACCCUGCAAGAAAUAAUCAGUGGCGUGAAUGCCUCAGAUCCAGACCUGUGUUUCCAGGCCACCCAGGCAGCCAGGAAAAUGCUGUCCCAAGAAAAGAACCCUCCUCUAAAACUGAUUGUUGAAGCAGGGCUCAUCCCCAGGCUGGUGGAGUUCCUGAAGUUGUCGCCUCACCCCUGCUUGCAGUUUGAGGCAGCCUGGGCUCUGACCAACAUCGCUUCCGGGACUUCAGAGCAGACUCAAGCUGUUGUGGAAGGUGGGGCCAUCCCACCUUUGGUUGAGCUCCUGUCUUCCCCCCACAUGACCGUGUGCGAACAGGCGGUGUGGGCUCUUGGUAAUAUCGCAGGUGAUGGCCCAGAAUUCAGAGACCUUGUUAUCUCGAGCAAUGCCAUUCCAUAUCUGCUGACCCUCGUUUCAUCAACCAUACCAAUCACGUUUCUGCGGAACAUCACGUGGACCUUGUCCAACUUGUGCCGAAACAAGAACCCUUACCCUUCCGUGAAAGCCGUGAAGCAGAUGUUGCCUGUCCUGUCCCACCUCCUGCAGCACCAAGACAGCGAAAUUCUCUCGGACACCUGCUGGGCCCUGUCCUACCUCACUGAUGGCUCCAACGAGCGCAUCAGCCAAGUGGUCAACACGGGGGUCCUACCCAGGCUGGUUCAGCUCAUGAGUAGCUCGGAGCUCAAUGUCUUGACCCCCUCGCUCCGCACCAUGGGGAACAUUGUCACGGGAACAGAUGACCAGACCCAGGUGGCCAUCGACGCGGGCAUGCUGAACGUGCUGCCCCAGCUCCUGAUGCACCCCAAGGCCUUCAUCCAGAAGGAGGCAGCUUGGGCCUUGAGCAACGUGGCUGCAGGGCCUUGCCAACACAUCCAGCGGCUGAUUGGUUGCGGCAUGCUGCCUCCCUUGGUGGCUCUACUAAAAAAUGGAGAAUUUAAAGUCCAGAAAGAGGCUGUUUGGACCAUAGCUAACUUCACAACUGGAGGCACCCUAGACCAGUUGAUCCAGCUUGUCCACUCUGGCGUCCUGGAACCACUGGUGAAUCUGCUUACCAUCCAAGACACCAAAAUUGUUAAAAUCAUCCUUGAUGUUCUCUCUUUUAUCCUCCAGGCAGCAGAGCAACUUUCAGAGAAGGAAAACCUGUGUCUUCUGAUUGAAGAAAUGGGAGGCAUUGAUAAAAUUGAGGCUUUGCAAUUUCACGAGAACCCGCAGGUUGCCCUGACGGCUUUGAACAUUAUCGAGAACCAUUUUUCUGAGGAAGACGAAGAAAGCGGCGCAAUAUUACCAGCCCUGGACCAAGAUCAUGAAUUCUUAAAUGGCUUAACAAAAAAAUACCAAGGCCCCCCGAUUCCUAAACCAAGGAGCAAACCCUAACAGGGAACUUAAGAACCUUCUAUGUCUUGGCAUGGCACAGGUAUAAAGCAUUUUAAACUAAAUGUUAAUAAAAUUUUCAACACAUUCACCUCCAU